AUGGAUGGUCAGAGGAAUGGCCCAAAACGACACGAUUCCAGUGAAGUUGGUGUCGUUUUGGACCUUGAAACUCCAGUUGCUAAGAUUUGGUUAAGCCGCAUCGAAUUGGCUCUGUCAGACUUGUAUGCCUCCCAUGCCCACUUCAAGACUAGAUUGGUUCUCAAUAUCAGAGACUCCAAGAAAGAUAUCGUCUCUGCAGCCUCCGCAGCUGAGAAGAUUGGAAUGUUGGGACAGGGUUAUGUUUGGAUCAUAACAAAAGAUUUCACCAAUCUCUUAGGCUCCUUAAGUUUCUCAGUCAUCGACUCAAUGCAAGGGGUUUUAGGUAUUAAGACUUUUGUGCCACCAUCGAAAGAGCUUGAUAGUUUCAAAGUUGGGUGGAAAUCCAAGUUCUAUAAUUCCCAACUCAAUGUAAUGGGUUUAUGGGCAUAUGAUUCGAUCCAUGCAUUAGCCUUAGCCACUGAGAAACACGGUAGUAGUAGUGGUGUGUUGAACAAUGUUACAAGUGGUGGCUCGACUACUGAUGAUCUUUUUAGUUACAAGGUGUCACCAAUUGGUCCAAAGUUAUUGGAAACCUUAUCAGGUACAAGAUUCAGGGGCCUGGCUGGAGAUUUCAUCUUAGAUAAUGGAACACUAAAAACCUCGACAUUUCAGAUAGUGAAUGUUGUGAAUGGUGGUAGAGCAGGGAGAAAAGUUGGGUUUUGGACACAAAAAAAUGGACUGGUGAGAACUUUGCUUGAUUCGAGAGCUGAAUAUUCGACUUCAAAAUCAAAUCUAAAACAUAUUAUAUGGCCAGGAGAGUCUAUUAUUCCUCCAAAAGGUUGGGUGAUUCCGACUAAUAAUGGGAGGAGGUUGAGGAUUGGAAUUCCGGUCAUCACUGCCUAUAAAGAGUUUGUAGAUGUGACAAACUAUGAUCCAAGUACUAAUACAUCUGUUGACUAUGCCAUAGGCAUCAGCAUUGACGUAUUUAAAGCAGCAGUUAAAGCCUUGACAUACGAUCUUUCUUAUUAUUUUUUUCCUUAUCAAAAGCCUAAUGGCUCCUAUGAUGACUUGAACUAUGAUGCAGUGGUAGCAAACACGACGAUUAGAGCAAACCGAUCCCAAUACGUGGAUUUCACAUUGCCAUACACAGAAUCAGGCGUGGCAAUGGUGGUUCCAAUGAGAGACAACAAGACAAAAAGUGCAUGGAUUUUCUUGAAGCCUUUGACGUGGGAUUUAUGGGUAACCACCUUUUGUUUCUUUCUCUUCAUUGGUUUUGUCGUUUGGGUUCUGGAGCACCGAGUGAAUGAAGAUUUUCGUGGGCCACCUUCACAUCAAAUUGGCACUAGCUUUUCGUUCUCCUUUUCAACCAUGGAGAGAGUGGUGAGUAACUUGGCUCGGUUCGUGGUGAUCAUAUGGGUGUUUGUGGUGUUAAUAUUGACUCAAAGUUACACGGCUAGUUUAGCUUCACUUUUAACAGUGGAAAAACUUCAACCAACUAUUACAGAUAUAAACCAACUCUUAAGAAAUGGAGAAAGAGUUGGGUGUUUUCGCAACUCCUUUGUGUAUGGGCUGUUAGAAAAAACAGGUUUUCCCUCUUGGCAAAUCGUACCUCUUAACUCCACAGACCAAUGUGACCAUUUCUUGUCUAUUGGGAGCGCCAAAGGUGGUAUUUUUGCUUAUGUUGACGAAACCCCAAAUACAAGGAUUUUUCUUGGCCAAUACUGUUCCAAAUAUACCUUGAUUGGCCCCAUAUUCAAUACUGUUGGCUAUGGAUUCGUGUUCCCAAAAGGGUCUCCUUUAGUAUGUGAUGUUUCAAGGGCCAUUCUCAACGUUACCGAAACAGAAGAAAUGAAGAAAACUGAGAACAAAUGGUUUGAGACUGUAAUGACCCACUAA